AUGGAGGUCUCCACUCAAGGACUGGGUUGCAUGGGCAUGUCCGUCUUCUAUGGCCCCUCGAAGCCCAAACCAAACAUGAUCAAACUCAUCCACUACGCCACCAACGCCGGCGUCACCUUCCUCUAUACCGCUGAUGUUUACGGUCUCUUCACCAACAAACUUCUUCUCAGCAAGCCUUUGAGUGAAGGAGUAGUGAGAGACAAGGUUGAAUUGACCACCAAAUUCAGUAUCAGCUUUGAGGACAACCAAAUGGAGAUUCAAGGUCUGCUGUCAUAUGUGAGAGCUGCUUGUGAAGGAAGCUUGAAAUGCCUUGGUGUAGAUUCUAUUGAUCUUGUUAAUGUCUAA